UAAUCAGCAUUCUGAGAAUCAUGGAUACAAAACAGAAGAGGCCCUUGAUGCCCUGUACACUGAACUGGUGCAGGAGAUUGACCGGUUUGAGACGAAGAAGAGAGGGGAUUGGAUGAAAGUGUUCCGAUCAUUUCACCACACAGUGAUCCACUCCCUGUACCACUGGACAACGUGCUCCAUCAUUGUUAUUCUUGUAAUUUGCCUGCUCAUCGCUUAUUUCUGCAUUGGUGAUACAAGGGAGGGACCAAAUACUGGAUGGUGGUUAAUUGAGGCAACCUUCUUGCUUUCCGUGAUGAUUUUCAACUCUACACUAAACCUGUGGCACAGCAGAAUGGAGAAUAUGGAAUUGAUAACAGUCAUGAAACAAGUUAUUAAAGAUGUGUGGGAUUCUCUUCAAAAUGAGUCGUGGAAGCAAGAUGACUACCUGAACAUUCACUCGCCUCUUUCUCCAUGCGUCUCACUACAGUGGACAAUGCGUGAUGGCAAGCUCAUUAAUUUACCAGUCGCUCUGCUCGUAAAAGGGGAUGUAAUCCUGCUCAGACCAGGUCAGACAGUGCCAGCAAAGUGUAGAGAUUUGGAGGAUUUGGAUGAAACCCAGGAACAGGUGUUGAUGGAAGAGGAAAUAUAUUCUCCCAAAAUAGAGAGUCUUUCGGACAACCCAAAUGAACCCAAAGCCACAAUUCCACUCAAGGCGAAGAAAUUUCUUCUCUUAGAAACUCCUUUUCUUAAAAAUAUCAGAUGCAUCCUGGACUAUGAUCUUCACCGGACAGUGACCAUGUUGGAAAAUGAAAAACACUUGAUAGUACGAGUCUGGCUGGAGAGACUAAUAAUUCCUCUUGUUGUGGGUGUGAUGACUUUAACAAAUACGUUGAGAUUUGUUUAUUUAGACAAACACGUCGGCCACUGGGCAGAGAUGAUCAUUGUACUGUUGGUGCAUAGUAUUCUGCCACUGAUUUCCUUGAUAUUUCCAUUCAUGUGGCUCUCUCUCAACACAUAUGGACAGGCGAGAAUAUUUGCUGCUUUUAAUAUUGCUAGAUAUUUCAAGCAAGCAUCGGAGAACAGUUUUGACAGUGACAGCACAAUCUCCGUGGAAGAGGCGCGUGUGGACAUGACAUGGAGGAACAUUCUCGCGUGGUUCAAGGACAUCCUGUGUGGGAGGGCGCAGGUUGUUACCAAGCACAGCAAUAUUCUGCAUGUGCUGGAGAGUGUCACAUCUUUGUGCUGUGUGGACAAGAAGGGAGUCUUAUCCUGGGCAAAUCCUUCUGCUGAGAAAAUCUUCUUUUUCUCUCAAAGCACCAAGAAAAAACCUGAAGUUUCACGAAAAUAUUCACAAGCAUUUUCCCCUCAUAUUGAAGUCAUGGAUCUCACCCACGAUGCAAAGAAUGCGUUUGGGCUACAUUUUGAUGACCCAUCUUGGAAACAGCAUGUUAAUUCUUUGAAACCAUUGGGUUUGAACAUUCUACUGAACACAUGUGAACAGUCGACGGUGCCGGCGUACACCCAGUUCUCCGACCAUGUGAUGUGUGCUGCCCUCGAGAAGGAGGAGACCGUGGCUGUAGUCAACAGAAGAUGUCUGUGUGAACUUGCAAGGGAGAUGGGUUUCUCAGAGCAGGCUGGGAAAGCGUUCAGCCACAAUGAGAUUCUUGGCAUGUACAGACAAGUGCCUGCUGAGGAAGCUGCGAAAGAGAGAAGUCAGCGAGCGCGGUCGUUCAUCCAACACAAGAUCCCCAUGCCAAACAUGCUGUCCGUGGUCGUCAGGGAUCAGAUCUCAGGAAUGUCUCAGUUUAUGUCUCAGGGGACGGCAGACAUCUUGUUAGAGAGUUGCACUGAUUUCUGGACGGGAAUGGAUGUUUGUCUACUCACCGAGAAUGACCGUAAGAAGGUUCUGGACUUCUACCACCGGAAUAGCAUGACCACGUACUGUACCGCCUUCUCCUACCGGCCGUUAACAAACAACAUCGCACCGUCGCUACAGAACAUUUACAUCCAGCUCCCGGAUAAUAACAGUCAGUUGGCCCUGUCCAUAACCAGAGCUCAGCAAUACGCUGAAUUAGAUGAUACAAUAAAAUCCGAGUUUUUCAAAUUGGAUCAACGCUGUCUCAGUUUUGACUCCCUGUUGGAAACCGAGAGUAGUAACACGACUAUAGACGACGUGUCUGGUUGCUAUGAGAUACAGAACAAUCAGAUCUUCAUCGGCAUGGUAACGCUUCAGUACCAGGCUCGACAGGAUAUCGUUCAGCUCAUUGACAAGCUAGAAAGUGCCUGCAUUAGAUUUGUACAUUUUUCCAAGGAAAAUGAGCUAAGAAGCAGGGUAUUUUCCGAGAAGAUGGGACUCGAAGCAGGAUGGAACUGUCACGUGUCUCUCGUCUCCAGCGAUGGCAACAACAAACACGAUAUCAGUGCCACCAGCCCCGAUGACUGCCCAUCACCGUGCGACGCGUCCCACCUCCCUUCCCACCACUCUAGCCGCCACCACCUGGCCGAACCGGACCCACAACUGGACCCAUCACGACGGGGCAGCACCACUGUAACCAGUGAGAUGAUGGGAGGCCGCAGCCUGAGCGCGCCCAGCAUGAUCAAGGUGGACGAACCCCAGGUCCGCUUCGACGUGCACAGAAUGUGUGAUAAAGUCUUUGGAAGGGACGUAACUGAGAACUGUUCGGCUGUGGACGAUCAGGACGACGAGAAUGUUAACGGAGAGAAUGGACCGCUGAUUCGUACUGAGAGGAAGAGAGGCUGGAGUUCGAGUACAGAUGGGGACGGGGACAUUGACGGGGAUGGGGACGGGGACGGGGACGUGGAAUUCCUGUCCGACAGCCGAUAUACGUCGAGCUACGUCACAGAUAAUACCGACAGCUUGACUGGAGCUCUCGACAAUGUGGCCAAGUUACCGCGGGGUAUUGAGAACAUUCGACCACAUCUGAGAAGUGUGGACAAUGUUCCACUACUGGUCAAUCUCUUUACAGACUGCACUGCUAAAACCACCAGAGAAAUGAUCAAGAUCCUGCAGGAAUACGGGGAGGUGGUGCUGUGUUUUGGCAGUUCCAUGAACAUGCAGAACACGCCCAUCUUCCUACAGGCAGACUGUAGUUUUGCAAUUGAGCCACUCUUCCCACAGCUCUGUGCCAAACACCCGAUCCUGAUUGAGCCGUCGGGUAACGACAAGAUGAAACCAAACCAGGUGGCCAGCGCCCUGCUUAACAUUCCGUGCCCCAUUGCCUUCAAACGGAGGGACAACGUGUGUCUGGUGCAGCUCAUAGCUGAGGCUCGUCACUUCACGUUUGCGAUGCGGAACUGCUUCUACCUGAUGCUGUGUUUCAACCUGUCCAUCUCCCUCGCCCAGAUGCUGGCCAGUGUCUUCCUGUUGCCGCCCAUUCUCGCUAGCAGACAUGUCAUGUGGCUCCUCCUGGUCGUCGUGCCCCUCCUCGGACUCAGUCUGAUGGGUAAUCCUGUCGAUCCAAGAAUCAUGAACAUAGCAACAAGAAAGAACAAAGAUCAUGUUAAUAAACAGAUGAUAUUACAGUUCUCCGUGCAGUUCGCUCUCCGGUACUUCCCGUCUGUGAUCAUUCCACUCCUGUGUUUCGGUCUCACUCUACACUCGUAUUGCUGGGAGGCAGAACAGCACAUGUGUGAUGUCUACAUAUUCAGGGACUCUGGGAAUAGCAGUAGUCAAAAAAUAUUCAGCUCGUGGUAUGAAAAAUACUCCGGUGGAUUAAUACUCGCACAAAAUAUAGUUCUCUUUUUACUAGUGUUGUAUUAUGCAUGUAUCUCUAUGAGUUACGUCCAUUGGUCUGAUCAUCUGUGGAAGAAACCUCCAUUUACAAAUAGACUGUGGUCCAUCAUUACCCCGACUCUAUUGGUUGUGCAGAUAGUGUAUUUUGCCUGUGAUACUUUUGUACAGAACUUGUAUGUGAAGAAAUCCCUCCCUCUUUCCAAGGUGCACCCUGCUGUGUGGGCGCUGGGCCUUGCAUGGCCUGUUGUUAUUGUUACUGUUAAUGAGCUGGUCAAACGAAGAGAAAUCAAACUGUCUGUACGCAGACAAAAACGAGCAAGAUUGGACUUUGGCACUAAACUAGGAAUGAACUCUCCAUGGUAGUUUCACCACAGUCUGGUGUUCUCUUAAUGAGCAGUGGACAAAUAUUCAUAACAGUUUUAACAAGAUGAAACUGGAAGCCAAAGUGGAAACAAGAAACCCCAUCUGCAGCAGAAGCUUUUGUUAAUUAGAAAGACCCUGACCUUAGUUAUUAGGAAGUGUGAAAUAGUUUUGGCUUUUAUAACUUUUAUAUCCUUAGAUUGCACAUGACUUUUAUCUCUUCACAUAUUUAAAGUUUGUUUUCUUCAACGACACCACUUGAAUGCAUUCAUUUAUUAAUCAUCAGCUAUUGGAUGUCAAACAUAUUGCCAUAGGAAACCCGCUACAUUUUUCCAUUAGCAGCAAGGGAUCUUUUUUAUGCACCAUCCCACAGACAGGAUAGCACAUACCAUGGUCUUUGAUAUACCAGUCAUGGUGCAGUGGCUGGAAUGAGAAAUAGCCCAAUGGCUUCACAUAUUUAAUCAAUUUUGAGUUUCAGGCCUCAUGGUCAUAAAAUGUUUUGAGUCUAAACGGCAUUGCCGUACAAAUUGCAUGUGAAUGUAUGUGAUGUCAUUAAAGAUUUGAGUCUGAACUAUUUAACUUUUUAACAGUAUAUGUAAAAAAAUUACCAAAUAUUUCAACAUCCAAUAGCCGAUGAUUAACAAAAUCAAUGUACACUAAUAGUGUCAUUAAGCAAAACAAUGUUUUUCUAAAAUUGUGUAAGCAUGGGACUUGGUUAUCCCUGUGUGGGUUUUUUAUCCUGUAGCUCAAAAUGCUUUUAAUACAAAAUAGGAUUAGUAUUUAUCUCAGGAACUAGUGUUUCGUGACUUUAAUAAUGAUUAGAAUACAGCUAUGUACAACAGAUGAAAUUUUAAUUGUUUCAUUGUUUAACUAUUAAUAGGCAGUAACACUAAGGAAAAGAAUGUUUGAAUGAUUUCCUUACUACAACAUAGUACCUUAUUUAAUACGUGACUAUUAGCGGUUAAACAUUGUGAAUCUAACAUUUUGGUCUACGGUUACAUAAAAACCCUUCGCUCUCAUAUUCAUGUUUCAUAAUUAUGCAAAUAUAUAAGAUUCGAGAUUUAUUAUUAAUAAAAAUACUCUUCCCCCCCUCCCCCUCUAAAAAAGAAAAGAAAAGGAAUUUAUGAUCAAGAGAUAUUUUUUAAUUGCAAUGGCAGUGAGGUAUAUAAGAGAAUAACUAGUGAAUGAUGUAGGAUAUAAUCAGCUUUAUCCUGUGAAGGUAAAAACGGAAAAUUCCACGAGGCUCUGCCAAGCGAAAUUUCUCAUUCAGUCUGAACAGGAUAAAGCCGAUAUCCGACGUCAUUAACUAGCUAUUAUCUUUAUCCUGCAGACCAUAAAAAUUAAAAAGAACAGCUAUGAUUUCUGUUAUUUCAGCUACAUUGUAAGGGUGACCUAGAGGUCAAAUGAGUGAUUUUGUAAUGUAGCUACAUGUAUGCGUGUGACGUCGCGUGUGCGACAGCAAGAGUCAUAUCCUGCUACUAUACGGAUAUGACUUUACUUUAUCUGUCGUCAUAUUCUGUGAAUAGAAACAGUGGUUGCAGGAUAAAUGUCUGUUCAGUUUCAAUUUAUGGUAUUGACAUUUUUGGGAUUUGGCACAGGCAUGUGUGUAUGAUAUAUUAUUGAUAUUAUUAUAAAAUAUGUCAACAUACUGUUGGAAAGAUAAAAGUUUUUUGGAGGAGUAUGUACAAACAGGGUAAUAAAACAGACAUAAAACAGUCAAACGUGCUCAUUAAGCAGUCACCUGUCUUAAAUGGAUCCCUUUGUAUUAUACCACACCACUCUAUACAGUACACUAAGACCUGUAUUAAAAAGUCACCUCUCUUUUAGAGACCGUCUCUCUUGAUGAAUCUUUUGGAAGCUACUUAACACAGGGUUAUCUACAUCUACUUCUAUCAUAUUUAUUGCAUUAUGCUUUCAAGGAUUGUCUUAUUUCUUUUACGUUAAUCUGGGUAUGAAAAAAAAAAUCUACACGAAGGAGAUUAUCCAUACAUCAUUGAAAGAUUGCUGGAGAUGAAGAAAUUCCAAACAGAAGUCUAUUGUAGUGAAUAUUAAAAAAAGGUCUCACAGUACAGUUAAAAGAACUUUCAAUGACACAACUAAUUUAUUCAUGUGGGAUUAAUUAGGUGUAAAUUGGGUGAAUCGCCGUUCUCACAUAAGUUUGCGAAUGUUUUUUUUUUUUUGUUCUUACCUAGAUGAACGUAAAAGAAAUAACAGACAAUCCUUAUAAUU